GGAGGAGGGGGACGAGCAGCAAGGGGAUAAGCGGGGGGGGUCGGGUCCUCUCCUCGGUCGCCUCUUAGCGGCCUACGCGUCCCUCCUCCGUGCUUCCUGCUGUCCCCUCGCGUGGCCCGCGUUUGUCAUCAAUAGCUGCAGAAGCGGCGGCGGCAGGAGGAGGAGGAGGAGAAGUAGCUGCGAGAGGGGGUCGGGGCUUCUCGCCCGCCCCUCGGGGUCCUCACGCUGCGUCCUCACGUAGCCGACGUUGUUAGUAGCCGCCGCCGAGAGGCGAUGGGCGCCGAGAGCAGCGCGCUCAGCGGCCUGCGGCGCGACGAGGAGGCAGAGGAGCGGGGAGAUGCGAUGCCCGGGCCUGGCGGGGUCCGCGUCUGGGCCGCCCGGCUCGGCAAGGGCAGCAGAGCGUCCCUGCUGCUCUACCCCGAGGGCGCCGAGGAGCGCGCACGGACAGCGGCCAAGCACAUGCGAACCCUCCGUCACCCAAGCAUCCUCCGAGUUCUUGGAGCGUCUGCUCACAAUGCUCCUUUGGAAUCAGGGCUCGUGCCAGCGGGAGUGCCGUGGGUGCUGACGGAGGUGGCGGUGCCGCUUUGGAGCAUGCGGGAUGCGGAGCGAGGCUCGGCGAGCGAGGUGGCGGGUGGACUCUACUCCAUUAUGCAAGGCUUGCUGUUCCUGCACAGCACGUGUGGCCUGACCCACAAUUCAGUGGGAGAAGGCAGUGUAUUGGUAACUCCGGGGGGGGAAUGGCGGCUCGGAGGAAUGGAGAGCUCCUGCACUUUCAGCCAGGCAACCCCACAGUUCCUGGAAUCAAUCCGUGCUCUCCGCGAUCCUGACAGCAUUCCUCCAGAGGAGAAACCCAGGCUCCAGGGUUUGCAAGUCGCCGUGGGACAUGCAAGGGACGUUUACGCAUUUGGGAUUUUGGCCCAGAAGCUAUAUUCGCUGCUCUCGGACCUCGGAGAGGUGGCAGAUGGCUUCAUGUCACUGGUGGAGACGAGCCUUCUCAACGCUGACCCCACACUAAGGCCACCUCUUACCACCUUGACCACACAUGGGCUGUUUCGAAAUGAUUUUCAAGAAGUGCUGGGAUUCUUGGAUGACCUCACCCUCAAAAACGAGGAGCAAAAGCAUGAAUUCUUCAAGUUCCUGCUGGAGCGAGUGCAGGCGCUGCCUGAGAACUUGGUGGCCAACAGAUUGGUCCCCAGGCUUAUGUCUCCACUGGUACUGGCCGAGCCUGUGGCCGUAAAGAGCUUCCUGCCACACCUGCUGACGCCCAAAUCGGGGCACACAGGGGAUCAGGUGACGGCAGCUGGCCAGUGGGAAGGCUUGCUGAGCGCGCCGGCGUUCCGUGAGCACGUGUGCCCACGCGUGUGCGAGCUCUUCUCGUCGCGCCACGCGCACGUGCGGGCGGCGCUGCUGGGCACGCUGCCCGCGUACGCGCCCAGCCUGACACGCCACGAGCUGGAGCACACCGUGCUUCCGCAGCUGCUUCUGGGCUUGCGGGACAGUAGCGACGAGCUGGUGAGCAGCACGCUGCACGCGCUGGCGGAGAUGGUGCCUCUGCUCGGGGCACAGACGGUGAUCGGUGGAGGGAGGGAGCGCGUCUUCAAGCCAUGCGCACCCAGAUUCCACCGCGACACGCUCGGCUCCCCGGCGCAUUCUCCCAAGCACCUGGCAGCAGCAGCAGCAGCAGCGGCAACGACAGUGGCGGCGGCGACCCCAUCGUCCUCGACGUCCUCGCUGACGUCCUCGCUGAUGUCCUCUCCGCCACGUAGGCGACUGUCCGCUGACUCGACUGGCACAGCGGCAGAAGGGGCCGACUGGCCCGACUGGGAGAGCGAGGGGGUCGAGGGCAACGGGACGAACCCCUGUGACGCCGGCCGCGUCCGCUCGCGGGAUGACGGCCACUCGCAGAAAUGCGAAAACGGGAGCGUUCUGCUCACUGACUUGGCCCAGUUGGCGCCAACAUCCAAGCAAACGAUAGCGGUGAUGAACGGGGCGGUUGUUGAUGCCCGGGGGGUGAUUGCGGCGGGAGGCACAGCAUCCCGUACGCAAUUGGCGGACAAUGAGGUCCGCAAAACAAAGCCCCGUGGACUUCAGCUGAGGCUAGAUGGGCCCAGCCGGCAGCCCUCCACGAUACUUUCAUCAUCAUCAUCGUCGCUUUCGUCAUCUCCUUCAUCGCUUUCAUCACAGCAGCAGGAUGCUCGGCCGGAUGCUCACACUGCUGUGCGGGAUGGACCGGCUGUAGCCAAGCUUUCAGCAACAGUAGCGUCAUCAUCAUCAUCGUCGCCAACUCGGCCUUCCCUAAGCCUACACACAUCGAAGGCAUCGCCGUCGCAACCAUUAGUGGUAAAAUUGGCGCCGGCGCCAAAAGCUCCGCCGUCGACACAGCCACUGCAGCUGGGCGAGGAAUUCAAGAUCACUGCCAAGGGGCGGCGCUGGGCAGCAAGGGACCCAGAGCUAGACCUCUUCGCCGACAUGGAGCCCACGAUCACGUUUGACCGCAGUGAGUCUUGUGAUGCAGCUGCCACCGUCGCCACCACGGGCGACUCGCGCACAAACCCUGGCAUGGACUCCAGAGGGACACUCGAUGCCGAAGCGUUCAGUGGCACUGGAGAUGGGAAGACGCAGCCGGACAAAUUCGCUGCAGCCGCUGCAACCGAGGAAGCGUCAUGGGGCUGGGAUGAAGACACCGAACUGGACUGGAGCGAGUCAGGCUGGCAGGAUGCGGAACAUGAAGAAAAGCAAAGCAGAGCUGAAACAAACUCUUAGCACAGACCGUCACAGAGUGGUCAUCCAUAUACCUGCUCACUUUGUCUCCUCUUCCUAUCACACCCACUCUCCUACCUCUUUUAAUGUGACCUCACCACUCAAACUGUCCUUUUUUAAAUGUUCUGCUUUUCUACUAUCUGCCCUCCCAAAUUCAUUACGUUUUUUAAUCAUUCUUUUCCUCCGUUCGCUAUCCGGCAUUUCAUAUUUGUGCUUGGCGUGCGGAUCACCGAUAUUUGCUCAGCGAAAAUUUUGAGCACUUUAUGUGGUGGCGGAUAUGAUUUACACCAACGCUUUGGGAGACUAAGGUGGCGGGGCACGCAAAGUGCUGGCUCCACCACCUUAUUGUAAUUUGCCGAGUCAGCUUUAGAAGUUGCUCGCAAAUGGCACUUGUCCCGGCAAGCUUAAAAGGAAAACAUUCUUGGUUCCUCUUAAGUUUUUAUAUUUGUCUCAUACUUUCAGUUCCCUGUCUCUUUUCUGACUCAUUGUCAUUGCAUUGUGCAGUGAUGAUGCAAAACUCUAUCUGAGGCAGUUGCCUUCUGGCUCUGUAAUAGAGCUAAUCAUCUCAAGGGCCGUGCUUCUCAACACUAUUUUAUUAACCCCUGCCUCCACGAAGCCGCUUUGAGCCAGAGGUCAAAAGGAGAGGUCACUCGUCGACCCCCCUGGCUUCUGGAAUGGCUUUCCCUGAAAGCGGCGGCACUGGUUCAUUCCACACUGGGCACGCGUUUCGCUCAUCAGUGCCAAGCAUUCCCAUGGCCAGCAAUUGCAUACAAUGCCCAGAUGGUGACGCUGCAGCCAGUGAGAGGAGCUCGCUGAAAUUCCAGAACGAGUGCUUUGCCAGAGACGCCUUCGCUCACCCAAGUGGUCUGUGAAAGAUGCUUUAAGAAGAUAACGAUCCUGAUGUCGCUGGACAGUUGUUGUUUGGCUGAAGGCGGAGUAAAGCGGAUUGGGACGGGACUGCAACCGCACUUCACAUGCACAUCUAACUCAUUCUGCGCUUUAAUGCACACACCGCAUGCACACUUUUGUGUUUGAACUUCAGUCUCUGCUGGAAAGGUUAUGCAUUACACUUCACCUUCCACAAACCUCUGCUAAGUGUAAUAGGUAACUUAAAUGUAUUGUUAGGGCAUUGUGAGAUCAGGUCUUGGCUCAAUGAUGUUUGUGCAGCCCAGUUUAUUGAUGCCAGCCUGUGAUAUUCAGUGACUGUUGAGACAGGGUUGGAUUGUUUGGUGGUGCGAGUGCCACACGUGAUCACUCCAUUGUCAGUCCCUGUGUUGAGUGAACACGCAAUUGACACGUGUUCAUUCUGUGCACAGCAAGGAUACCCAGGCAUGAGACUGACUUGAGAACACAAGCCUUCAUAACAGUGGGGGCCGGUGUCACUCCUGUACUGAAUGGAACACGGCACCAAAGAAUGUAUGAUCCAUUGUGGGGUAGCUCCUUGAGAGAAACUCACCAACGAUAAGCUUCACAGCAAGAACUUGCCUAGGGUGGCCUCAAACGCCCUACGUACAUGUGAUUAUCUGUGAUGAAUACAUUGUGCCCGGCACUAUGGAUGAGCAGCUUCAAAACCUGUGACCAAUGUAGUUUGUUUUUACUUGUCAAUAUAGCUUCAUCUUGUUGGGUAGCUUGAAAAGGCAGGCUGUGUCUGGCUUGUGCAUGCCUCCAUAUGCUGCUCUCUACAUCAAACCAUUAUUCUGCUGGUCCACAUCAAGGUUUGACAGCAUUGCAUCAGAGAUGUAUGGGCCAUUUUAGAUUGAGCCUAUGUUACCGCACAUAUUUAUGGACGAAUCAAUUGGGAGAGGGUCUUAAUUGUAAUAAAAAUUAAUGUGAAGUUGCCUUGCUGCUUGCAUAAUUCUCAUUUUGUACAAAAUGCACUUAUGUUAAGUUGGCUCUUUUAAACGGGCUUCUCCGUGCCUAGUGAUAAGGAGGCACCCUUCAUUGAGUGAGCCAAAUGCAUUUUCUGCAGAAUGGUGGGAUCUAGAUGUUGGGAAAUGAAUCACUGCAGGAUUUUUUUUUCAGUCCCCGUUUUAGUUUUUUGAUGCAAAAUUCAACUGGAAAAAAUAAAUCUCAACUGGUGAAAAUG